UGUCAGUUCUCAACAAAUACUUAUCACAAUGCUACUCUAAAUUUUCUCUAGUAUAAAACACUCAUUUUGUUCCUUGUAACCAAACUCAUCAUCAUAUCAUCAAUUAUAUAGAAAUUUAUUGUAAUUUUUGUUUUGUUAUCAACAACAAUGGCUUCAGAGCAAGCGAGAAGAGAGAAUGUUACUGAUGAAAGGAAACUCCAGCUUGAGAAAGAUAAAGUUCAUAAAAUUGCUAGUCAUUUUGAGUCUCUAGCUGAUAAAGUUCACGAGGAUGCAUCAACUUCUCCUCCUGAUGUUGUUCAUGUCAAGACUACUGUUACUGGUACUGUUCCUUAUCAAGAACAUCCAUCGGAGAAACAACGAUCAUCUGAUAUAAUCGAUAAAACUCAAGGGAGUAAGCAACAGGUCUUCCAAGAGAAACCAGAAGGUGUUAGAUUUGGAGUUCAUGGCCAAGAACACGAAGAAUCCGACAUAAACAGGGGAAAACAGAGUGAAGGUGGUGUUGAAGAGACGAAAGGAGGUCCGUCGUUGGAGGAAAUUUCUCAGUACAGAGCAAUGGCACAGCAGAAUUCGAUGAACGCGAUAAGGGGUGCUGAAGAGCGAUAUGAAAAGGCGAAGGAAAUGGGUGGUUCGACAUUGCAGAAUGUUAAAGAAUCUACAACUCAUGGAAUUGGUGCUGCGGGUACUUAUGCAGCAGAAAAGGGUGCACAAGCUAAAGACACCAUUACUCAGGGCCUUCAAAAGGGAACUCAGUAUAUUGCUGAAAAAGCUGGAGCUGCUAAAGACGUCGCGGUCGAGAAAGGCCAACAAGCUUAUGCUGCAACCAAGGAUACCCUUUCGGGUGCCGGACAAACUGCAGCUGAAUCAGCUCAACAAGCUAAAGAUUACACUAUGAAAAAAGCAGGAGAUACUAAAGAUUACACAAUGCAAAAAACAGGGGAAGCUAAAGACACCCUUUCGGGUGCCGGACAAACUGCAGCUGAAUCAGCACAACAAGCUAAAGAUUACACAAUGCAAAAAACAGGGGAAGCUAAAGAUACCCUUUCGGGUGCCGGACAAACUGCAGCUGAAUCAGCACAACAAGCUAAAGAUUACACUAUGCAAAAAACAGGAGAUACUAAAGAUUACACAAUGCAAAAAACAGGGGAGGCGAAAGAUUAUGUUGCUGAAAAAACAGGGGAAAUUAAAGAACAGAGCAAAGGUGCAGCGAGUUAUGUAGGCGAAAAGGCAGCACAAGUUAAAGAUGUUACAUUAGAAACAGGAAAAGGCGCGGUAGGAUACGCAGGGAAAGUAGCUGGAACAGUGAAGGACAAAACGGUUGUAGCUGGAUGGGGAGCUGCACAUUUCACUGCUGAAAAAGCUGCAGAUGCAACUAAAGCUAUAGCUGGUGUUACUUCUACCGUCGCAGGGUACGCCGGAGGAACGACAGUGGCCGCAAAGGAUUUGGUGGUUGAUGCUGGAAAGAGAACAGUGGGAUUUGCAGAGGAUACGUUGGCUGCUGCGAAGGAUUUUGUAGUUUCAGCUGAGGAAAGUGCAGCAGAGUAUGCAGCUAGGAAAAAAGCAGAAGCAGAGAGAGAAUUAGAAGCUAAGAAAUUACAAGAAGACACCAAGGGAGAAAACAGAGGAGGAUCGAAGAUUGAUGAAAAAGAGCGUGGAUUCAAAUCCAAAGAGGAAACCGAAGAAUCCUACUUCGAGGAACACGGAGGAGGGGGAAAAGAAAGCAGCAAGCCGGUGGAAGGUGCAGCGGUGGUGUUGCAAGCCAUUGGCGAAACUAUAGUUGAGAUUGGGAAAACGACUACUGAACUUGUAGCAGGUCGCCCUCGAGAUGAACCAGUUGAGGGAAUUGAGGAAGAGUCUACUACUACCACAAUGAAGAAAACUUGAGAUGAACGUCAUUUCGUUUUUGGUUUGAUUUUCGAUUUUCUAGCUUUUGGUUAAAUGGACUAUUGAAUAAUAAUUAGCGCAAAUCAUGUAGAAACUGUGUUCUAGGUAUGUUUUUGUGUUAAUAAUAGUGACUUGGUACUUUUGGUGCGUUACGUUAAAGUCACAUUAAAGCCUCAAACUAUGUAUCGUUUCUUCUCUAUGACUAUACUCCCUUAUUUCUA